AUGGGGAAAGGCCGUUCAAAGCACCAGGGUCUUCCAGACCCUAUCGAGAUGUAUCACCCUCACCUUGCGAAAAAGCGCAAGGUUGACGAUGAAGACGAGAAGCCGUCGAAACGAAAGAGAGGCGAUAAAAAGUCAAAGGCUGCUCCUGUAGUAUCUGAAAAGAAGAACGGGAAGGCUGUCAAACAGGCCAAUGGGACAAAAUCGAAGCCUGCCGCCACUUUACCUGCAAAGAAAGGAACGAAGGAUUCUGCGCCGAAGUCUAAGGCGAACGGCAAGAAGGCCCCACCGCCACCAUCAGAUUCUGAUGAGGGAAGUGAUAAUGAGGAUAUGGAAUGGGAGGAUGAAGAUAAUGAAGUUCCGGAAGGGAAACUAGAUUUCAUGGGUCCCUCAGACGAUGAAGAUCUCGACUCUAACGAUGAACCUAACCUCGACUCCGACUCCGAAAACUCGGUUUACGACUCUGGUGAUGAUGAAGCCCGCCCAAUCUUCUCAGACGACGACCUUUCUGGCUCGGACGCUGAAGAGCAGCUCACAGCGGCCAACAUCGCCGGUCUAACUCGCAAACUCGACCUCCAGAUCGCACAGGAAGAGGAGGAAGCAGAGGCUGAAUUUCAAGAGCAGAUAACCACAAAUAUUGGCGCUGAUGAAGUAAAACCUUUCGUUAUCGGUGCCGCAGCUCAUGAUGAAGAUACUACCAAAUCUCUCACAUCUCUCACACCGGACCUCGCCCUCCUUCGUACUCGUAUCAACGACGUUGUCCGUGUCCUCGAAGACUUCUCCAACCUUUGCGAAGCCGGACGUUCCCGUACUGACUAUACUGAGCAAAUCAUCGCCGAUAUCUCUGCAUACUAUGGUUACAGCCCCUACCUUGCCGAAAAACUCUUCGACCUUUUCUCUCCCUCUGAGGCUCUCUCUUUCUUCGAAGCAAACGAAACCCCUCGUCCUCUAGUCAUCCGUACAAACACCCUAAAAACACAUCGAAGAGACCUCGCGCAAGUUCUUAUUAACCGUGGCGUAACUCUUGAACCAGUUGGAAAAUGGUCGAAAGUUGGAUUGCAAGUCUUCGAAUCCCAAGUGCCACUCGGUGCUACACCAGAGUACUUGGCAGGACACUACAUUCUCCAAGCCGCAUCUUCGUUCCUUCCUGUGAUGGCCUUGGCACCACAAGAAAACGAGCGCUGUCUGGAUAUGGCCGCCGCUCCUGGUGGAAAAACCACAUAUAUGGCCGCUUUGAUGAAAAAUACCGGUUGUAUCUUCGCAAACGACGCGAACAAGAACCGUGCAAAGGGUUUGAUUGGUAAUAUUCACAGAUUGGGUGUGAAGAACACGAUUGUUUGCAAUUAUGAUGCAAGGGAGUUUCCAAAGGUUAUUGGAGGGUUCGAUAGAGUGUUGCUCGAUGCACCAUGCUCGGGAACAGGUGUUAUAGCAAAGGAUGCAAGCGUCAAGACAAAUAAGACAGAGAAGGACUUUUUGAAACUACCACACCUACAAAAGCAACUUUUGUUGGCAGCGAUCGACUCGGUAGAUCAUAAUAGCAAGACUGGAGGUUAUAUCGUGUACUCAACUUGUUCGGUCACUGUGGAGGAGAACGAAGGAGUAGUGGAGUAUGCGCUGAAGAAGAGGCCAAAUGUCAAGCUGGUGGAUACCGGUUUGACGUUUGGUGUUGAGGGUUUCGUUAGCUUUAGGGGGAAGACAUUCAACGACAAGAUGAAGAUGACAAGGAGAUACUAUCCGCAUAAGUACAAUGUUGAUGGUUUCUACGUCGCAAAAUUCAGGAAGGUAGGACCUAGUCCGGCCGGAACAGCUAGCGCUGUACCAGAAAUCAUUGAGGAAGCGGAAGAGGGCAGUGGAGCCAUGGAAAUUGAUGAAGAGGGUAGUGAGAAGGAAAAGGAAGAAGGUAGAGCAAUUGACUGGUCGGAAGACGAGGAAGAUAAGAAAAUGAUUGAGAAGAAUUUGAGGAGGCAGAAGCGGAGAAAGGGUAUUGACCCUCGCGCCGACCCGUCGAAAGCCGGCCAAAAGAAGAAGAAAGAAGAAGAAGAAGCCCCCAAGGAAGAAGAUGUCAAGAAACCACAGGAACCAGAGCCGACAAAGGCAAACGGUGAAGAGAAGGAGAAAGAUAAGCUAGCAAAGUCAACCGGUGAAGAGAAGAAGAAAGAUAAGCCAGCAAAGACAAAGGGAGAUAAAAAGGAUAAACCCACAAAGAGUAAGGGCUUUGUAAGAGUAUCAAAGAAGGCGUAA